AAGUGCCUUUACACAUUCUUCUUCUUCUUCUCUCUCACUCUCUUCUCGCCGCAAAACCCUCCCCUCAAACCUCACUAGGUAACUUCAUCAAGGAGCAUCACCAGGGUAGGUUCCAAUGUGAAAUAUGUGUAAUCAGUUGUGAUGACUGUUUGUGAACCACAUAUGGAGCUCAAUCAAGAAAGUAAACAAUUUGAUGCACUAUCGCCAAAGAAAGAGCAGAGUCCUGCAGGAGAGCAUGAAGAAUGUGGUCUCACCAGUGCUAAUACAAGUGACGAAACUGUGACUUCAGUUUCUGGUGGUGAGGAAUUGGAUGUUGAUGUAGUUGUAUCUGAUGACAACAACAUAUCUACCGCGGAUGAGGACCCAAACGCUACUGAAUAUUCAAGCUCGUUUUCUGACACUGCAUCUGAGGAUGCUGACAUGUUGUUUAAUGGACUAAACGAAGAUGCUGAGGUUGAAUCUCAUUAUUGGGAUGAAACCGACUUGGGACCUGCUUAUGAUUCUUUUAGCAGCAUUUUUCAUUUCAGGAAGAAAAGGCUAACAAAUCACUGGAAGAGCUUUAUCCGGCCACUGAUGUGGCGAUCCAAGUGGGUUGAGUUAAGAAUUAGGGAGUUAGAGUCUCGAGCAUUAGAAUAUCCGAAAGAGCUUGAAACAUAUGAUCAAGAAAAGCUUGGAGCUAAUAUUGAUCCAUCUAUGUUGGAAACUUGUGGCGAGGGGAUAAAGUCGUUGCCUUUUUCUAAUCCGUCUUACCGAAAAAGAGCAGCAAAGAGGAGAAGAAAGCGUAAGAAGGUUGAGAGUACAGAUGAUAUAACUUCAUAUAUGUCCCAUCAUAACCUCUUUUCUUAUAUCGAGACCAAGAGAUUGAGCUCAGAUGGAAUGGCAGUGGCUGAUGACUUUGGUGCUGCGAAAGAUUCACGGAUUGAUUCAAAGAACCGGGUAGAUUUAGAUGACGAUGACUCACUUUUCGAUCACCGAGAAGGAGAUAGUUUCUUAGAAGAGGUUCUUUGGAAAAUCGAGCUGGUACAUUCACAGGUUCAUAGAUUGAAAAGCCAAGUUGAUGUUGUGAUGUCUAAGAACGCAGCAAGAUUCUCUUCCUCAGAGAACCUGAGCCUUCUUGCUGCAAGUUCUGCGCCUAGCCCUACGGUUUCUGCUGGAGGAGAUGUGAUCUCCAUUGGAGCAAUUUACCACUCUUCUCAGCAUAUGCCGGAUUAUGUUCUUGGAGAUUUAGUUUUCUCAUCGGAAGGAGUGAUUUCGAGCUAUGGAGAUGCGUUUCAUAUUCCUGACAUAAUCGAAAGUAGUGUUGGUCUAUUCGCCGAUGCAGAUGUUACGUUACAUCAUCCCCAAAUUGGAGAUUCUUGUGAAGAUAUUCUGGAUAAUAUCUUGAUUCGAAAUGGAGUGGCUGAAGAAAUGAACGCUGAUUUGAUGGAAACUAGUUGCCAUGAAGAAGCUGAGAAAUCAGAGGAAGGAGAAGGAACAAGCGUGCCACCAUUGCAACAAACUCAAGAAACAGAACAAGAUCACCAAGAAGAGAAAUCUUUGGUGCUACUAAGCCGUGAAGAUUCGGUUCUUAGAACAUGUUUAGCUUCUGAGAUGCUUGUUGUUCCUAGGAACAAAAGGACAAGAUGUGGAGAACGUAAAGCUAGUUCUUGGUGCAAGAAACAUCUCAGUGAUCCUGAAAGCCAGUGAUUGAUGAAAAAAAACUCAGCAAGCUUUUUCGGAACAGUCUUUCUUCAAAUCAGUUACAGAGGAAGAGCUUCAAUCCCAGAAACUUUCCAUUUCUCUGUCUCCGGUAAUGCAUCAUAGAGAUUCUGCUUGGGUACUUUCAUCACAAUCUAUGCGCACCGAGGAAAUGCAUAUUUUAAACUUUCCCUAAAUGACGAUGACGCUUUCUACUUCAGUUUCUUGUUUCUGAAAGUUUUUUUUUUUAUUAUUCCUUCUUCUACAGAUUAUGUGUUUACUGUUUACAGAACAUGUAACUUUUUUUCAUAUCA